CUCCAGGCCUCCCAAAGAAGGGGGGGAGCAAGGCAGGCGGGAGUGUAAACAAGUAAAACGAGAUGGACAAGGAAACUCUGCAGUUAGCUGGAGGCCCUGCAUCCCCUCCACCUCCUGCCUGAGCUGUGUGAGAGCCCUGGAAAGAGGACGGAAGUGGGGCACGACACCAUUCCAGCCCCACGACACCUCCCAGGUCCUCACCCUGGGUGCAGGAUAGCAUUGCAGAUGCCGGGCACAGCAAGGCAUGACCGAGAGAUGGCAAUCCAGGCCAAAAGAAAUCUGUCCAAAACCACUGACCCUGUAGAAAGACUUCGCCUGCAGUGUUUAGCACGUGGAUCUGCAGGCAUCAAAGGACUUAGCAGAGUAUUUCGUAUUAUGGAUGAUGACAACAGCAGGACCCUUGAUUUCAAAGAGUUUGUGAAAGGAUUAAAUGAUUAUGCUAUGAUGAUAGACAAGGAAGAAGCACAAGAGAUUUUCCGGAUAUUUGAUAAAGAUGGCAGUGGAACAAUUGAUUUUGAUGAAUUUCUUGUUACACUGAGACCUCCCAUGUCAAAUGCAAGAAAAGAGAUCAUCAUGCAGGCAUUUAGGAAGUUAGAUAAGACUGGAGAUGGUGUCAUAACAAUUGAAGACUUAAGGGGGGUGUAUAAUGCAAAGCAUCAUCCCAAAUACCAAAAUGGAGACUGGACAGAAGAUCAAGUUUUUAGGGCCUUUCUGGAUAAUUUUGAUUCACCCUAUGACAAAGAUGGUAAGGUUACAAAAGAUGAGUUUUUGAACUACUACUCUGGAGUCAGUGCUUCUGUGGACAGUGAUGCUUACUUCAUUUUAAUGAUGAAGAAAUCCUGGAAACUCUGAUUUUUGCUUUCAUUUGCCCCAACUUCUUUGGGACCAGAGACUAUGAAGAAGUGAAACACUGUUUAGUUUGUUGUGGGUUUGAUUUUUUUUCCAGUUCCCCUCUGAGUGAUGUUUUCAGAGCUGCAUGAUUUGAUGACACCGAGUGUUCCAGUGUGGGACUCUGACGUGUGGCUUCAUGUUUCAACAGGUGGCGCUUAAAAGCCAAGGAAUAGACAGCCUUACUCUAACCUAGAGCUGCCGAGUUAGCAAAGGGAUGGGAUGGUCGGUAUAAAUUAGCAAUUGCAUUUCCUGGCAUCAUCAGCUGUUUUCUUGUGUGUCUGUACAUUAGAUUUGUUUUGCCAAUGUCCUGUUACACUCAUAUUGCUGACUUGGGAGGCUUCAUGAUCACAGUAAUAAGGAACUAUUUGAGCCUAAAAUAAUUCUUCACAGAGGUGGUAAGCUUCCUUCACAUUACAUUUUAGCUGGUUUUGAAGGAUAGCUUCAAAAACCCACAGCCAAAGAGAUAACUAGCUUGAGCCAAAAGCAUAUUUACUAAAAACCUGCUGCUGUUCUCCUCAGGGAUGCAGCACUCCAGCACUGCUGUGUAAGUACAGGCCUUCAAGUCAAUAACAACUUUUCCUCGGAAGCCUAGAAGGGGCUGAACUACUGCCCUACAGAAAUAACCUGCCAGCAUCACCAUGUCCCUUGCUGCCAGAAGGGGUGGCUUCAUGGUCAGCUUGUGCCUGCCUAACACUGCCCUGAAUCCAGCCAUGUGUCCCUGCGGCAGUGGUGUCCGGGCCACUCCUUCAUUGGCCCAGAUCUCACUGCUUUUAACCAUCCCUUCUCCCUGGCAGGAACAGUUCCCCUGCCUGCCCACGCUUAGCUGGUCUUCUACCACCCCACUGACACACACAACAUUUUUGUCUGUUUUAUCAGCCUGUCUAAUGAACAUGCACAAGAGGAGCAGAUUUGGUAAACAAACUAAUAAAUUCAGCAGGGGACAAGUAUUGCCUUGGGAGGUAAUUAACAUUUUUCAGCAUCAUUAAAAUUAGACUGUGACUCAGUGUUAUAACCGACAAAAGACUUAUUUUACUUCAUGGGUUAGCAUCUGUGUGCCUCUAGGAGAUGUUUGCAUAGUGCAAAUGAGCUGCGCAUAGAUGAGGGGAGCAACGAAGACCGGAGAGUGGCUGUGAUAUACCACGAGCACAGAAGAGGCAGUGGAGCCUGAUGGUCAGAGGGGUAGAGGAGCAGGCAGCUCCAGGCACAGAGUCAUAAAGCAGCUACAUAGAAACCAGGGUCACCAAGCUCUCUUUGCAUGUGCAGCUGCGUGAGCACAGGAGGCAGAAAGUGAGGAGGAGGGAGGAGGAAGGUUAUGCUGAAGUAAAGAAGGUACAUGGAGUAUGUGAAAGCUGAGAUAUACCCCUGUGCGGAUGUUGAGUCAGAUGGGGAUUUGUGAACAGCUUUGGGGGAAAUACUGUCAUGUACAAUAAGGAAACUACUUGGUCCUGACCUGCUGACAUGUUGUUAAGACAUAGCUGUGGCUGUAUCUUCAUAUACGUACUACGCAUCUAAAAGCUGGCUAUUGACCAGAAGUGCUUGUGGUACUUCUUGCUUUGGUGCAUCUUUGGAUUUAUUUCUUUCUGAAGGGAGGCUGGAAGUUUUUAUAUCUGUAUACACCAAUCAAAUUUAUGUUCAUGGUUAUAAAAUUGCAUAUGAUAUUCGGGGAUGGUGAUACUAGAGCUCUCAGAGGAGCGUAGUGCUUGUGAAAGUUCAGCCUGGCAGAACUUGACUGAACACCACUAAUGACCCAAUUGUUGUCAUUGACUUGGUAGCAGUUGGAUGUGUUUCAAUGAAGAGGUUUCAUGGCUGUUUCUGGGAACCAGGGUCCUUUACAAACCUUAAUGCUAAUCUUUAAUCCACCUCUAUUUGGCUGUGGUCACCCCACUGUUCUCCUGGAAAGAUACUUUUCUGGAUAGGCUUCAUCAUAUGCCCAGGUGCAUGCCUGGAAUAAGAGUAACCCCCCUGCCUGGCAUGAGUUAGUCUAUAUCCUCCACAAAGAAGAGCUGAAGUGGGAUGAAUGUAAUUAACAGAAUGCUGCUCUGUUUUCUAUCAGUUGCAUAUUUGUCAGCAUUUAGCGGCGUAUUAACAAAGUACCAUCUCUGAGGACACAGCCUAUACGGGACUUUGCCUUACUUAUGCAUACCUAUGCUAUUGCAAGCCUGAAGGCUUUUUUUCUUCCCUGGUGCUCAUGGUGUGGACUCACAGCUGCACACAGGGUCUUGGGCAAAUCUUCUGUAUUGCCUGAGAGAGUACUAGCCAUUGGCAGGGGAUCAGCUUCACCCGAUUGAUUCCCAGAGCUGUUACCUCUCUGUAUUCUGAGGCCUGGAUGGCGAUAGGCGUCAGGAUGAACAAAGGCAUGACCAGUCCAAAACAAAGGGACUGAAGUUGCAGAGAGGCUUCCCUGGCUGGCAAGGUGGUGGCAAUGGAGAGAAGGUGAUGACUGCUGUUAUCCUACAGUGCGUUCAGGCCUCUGAGCUGUCUGGAUUUAUUUGGGUUUUAUCCUGCCUAAAGCUAGGUAGGGCCCAUGAAGUUAUCCAAACUUCAGUGAGGACAGAGUAAGUCCUAUCGUGAUAUAUAUAUUAGAAGACUGAAUGGCAGCAACAUAAAUAGGUCAUGCAAAUAACCACGUUCUUUUAAUAUAAUAAAAACAUUGUAAAACCAAGGUUACAUGUUAUAUAAUUAAAUAAGACCUAGAAAAUAGAAUGAAUGUUUAAACAUUAGCAGCUAUGCGAAAAUAUGAGUUCUACAUAAGAAAAAUAUAACUAUUUGAGUGAUUAAAGUAAAUGAACGUCACAUUUCUGCUACUUUUCCUGUACUAAAAAGCAAACAAGAUUCUACUACUUUUCCCUUAUCAAAGAGCAGUAUCCCUUUCUAGACAAAUAGAAAGACUUUUUGCACAUGGGUACCUUACUGCUUAAAUAGUGCAAAUAGAUAUUUGUGAUGGACCUUUUAAUCCUUAAAAUGUAUGUAUGAGUUCGAAACAAGCAUAGCAUACAGUAUUUUUCUGAUGCGCUUUUGCUUCUUCCUCUAUCCCCUUUUUAUUUGUCACUGUGUUACUGGAAGAGGAUCUCUUUCCAGCGCAGUCUGUCUGCAUUGACAAUCACACUGUGCAAGUCAGCACAGCAUGAGCAUUACCAGCAGCUGUUUUUAAAAAGAAAUAUAAGCAUUAUAAAGCAAAUAAGUGUCCAGGGUUUUCAUCUUUUUCUACUGCAUUAACCAAUGUUUCAUUCAGUGAGA